CAAAGAACACUUCAAAUGGGAUAGUAUAAAGAAAUUUAUAUACUUAGCGUUCACAUUUUCGUCGUCAAGUUCAAAUUUCGAUUUAUUUUCAAAGGUAGUUGAAAAUGUAAGAAUAUUUGAUUUUAUAAUUUUCGAAAUAACUAUUGGUAUGACAUACAUGUGCAUGGACGUUUUUAUUAAGCAAUACACAAGAAGAAUCGAUUUCAAUAAGUCUCUCAAUCCGAUGCUCAAAGGAAUAACAUAUGGUAUUUUAUUGCAGUCUGCUCUUUGGACUUUAAUCCAUGCAAGUGACCUGGCCGACUCGUUCCGCUACCUCGCCUCAAGUUUGCAAAGUGUGCCUUCUUGGUCUGCGUGUCAAGAAAGUUUUAAUACGAACGUCAGCUGUUUGUCAUCAAAGGAUAUCAUUAUACGGUGCAGAGAAAAGCAACUCACCAAUCUGAAUAUUACGUCUGCACACAUCAAUUAUUUGAAAUCGUUUUCAUAUUUCGAUCGGAACGUUCUCACAACGAGAUUCUUUGCAGUCGCUCUGGUGUGGAUUUUCAAUUUCUUCUUUACAACAGUCACAGACGAUACACUUAUAAAGCUCUUUAAGAUAGCAUUUAUAUGGAGGUUCAUUUCAACGUUUCUUAUAUUUAUUUUAAUCACGUAUUCAAGCAAGUACUAUGCUACUACCGCCUUCUCUCAAAUGAUGGACGUAACUGCUCCUCGGUCUUAUAGCUCAUCAGUGGACCACGUCACAUAUGCAUACGGCGUUGGUUUCGUAGGCGUUUACGACUUUGGCACUAUGUCUCCUUACACUAUGAUAGAUAAUGCAGUGAUAAUUUUCUCAAUAAUCUUCACAAUAAUAUCAUUCGCGAGAUCUCUAAUAGUGAGGAUACUGUACUUGAUGCUGACGUCUUGUGUUGAAGUGGAGAUCUCAAUAACGCCUCACUAUUUGCUAUUUGCAAUUUUACCACUGAGCACGGAAUUUCUAUAUGCUCAUAGGUUAUAUAUAAUUUACAUAUAUGCAAAUGUGAUGGUCGCUACUAUAGCUUAUCUUUCGAUGUUGACACUGAGUAUGUCAAAGCUCUUACACGCCGAGUUUCGUUCAGUGAAGAAUAUUUAUAUAGUUGGAAUAUUGUGCUUUCUGGGAUUCAGCUUAUCAAUUCCUAUAACUUCGAUGUGUUCAAGUAGUAGACUACUGGGAUUAAUAUACGGUCUAAAUGUGUCCGUUUUAUAUCUGGGCGGGUUUAAAGUAGCCGUAGUUAUGUGGGUGUAUGGCGUACGGAGGUUCUCCACAGACGUACAUUUCUGGCUCGGCUUCAAGCCAACAAAGUUUUGGACAAUAUUCUGGACGCUGCUGCCCAUCAUUCUAUUUAAUUUGGCUGGCGCGUUCUCUAGUAAGAGGACUUACGGUCCACCUGAUAAAGAGGAAAGGAAAAAGAGGCAAGUGUUUAACGAAACUAUUCAAUUGCGACAGUGCACGCAUAACUGUCAUGUUUUAGAUGAUGUGUUUGACUGUUUUCAUGUGCCAUUAAUAUCCAAAAGCAAACUAUCGUCGUCGAGUUCAGAAUCACUAACAAAUUUAUAUGAAGCCGGGACAUCUAAGAAAAUGUCUGAUGCUAUAGAAGUGCAAUUGGGUCAUCACUAA